AUAUAAUUAAUAUUAAAUUAACAUUUGUUGCACAUUUGAAUACAAUUGUAGAUACACUGAGGAUAAGUUUUAUUGUUCAAAUGGACUAUGCAUUGAAUGGUCGUUAGUUUGUGAUGGUAUUAAGGAUUGUACAGAUGGUUUGGACGAGACUAAGGAGUUGUGUGCUCGAUACGAGUAUGGAACAAAUAUGACAAUGGAUUGCGGUAGAGUAAAUAUAAAAAACCAAGAAGGAGAUAUGAAUAAAACAGCGGUUGAAACGUUACCUUGGAAUGUUCAAGUAUAUAAAUUUAAUAAAAUUAAAUUUAUUUAUUUCCGUAUGUGUGAUGGUUCAAUUAUUGCUCCAAAUGUUGUAAUUUCUGGGGGUGGAUGUUUUGGAUUUCACGGUGAAGCGGCCAAUAAAAUAUCAGUAAGAAUUGGUGAAUUCAAAGUGGCCGUUGGAAAAUAUGAUAAAAAUAUUUCAAAAAUUGGCACUGAAUUUUCUCAAAUAAUGAAUGUGGAAACAAUUUACCUGAAGGAUAAUAAUAUUCAACUUGGUGAUCAUAUAGCUGUUAUCGUGUUAGAAAACAAAUUUUCGUUUAACAAUGAUAUUUCACCUAUUUGUAUCGAUUGGAAUAAUAUAUAUAAUAUACAGACUGGAGAUCUAGGAAAGGUAAAUAUGUUGUACUAUAUAAUUUGUAGUUUUUUUAACUACAUUAAUUUCAAUUUGAAAAAGGCUGUCUGGUCUAAUUUUUACACAGUUGUGGGAGGGUAUAGUUUAAUUGUCCACAUAAGUUAAUACAUUUUGAUGUUA